UACAACCGGUUGGAUGAGAUUUGGGUAGUGAAUGAAUUGGCUGCAGCAGAGAGGAGCGUUUACACAGAGCAGAUCAUGGCAGCAGCAGAGUCCAGCCCUCUCACCACUCACGUGCUGAACACCGGAGAUGGCAUCCCAGCUGCCAAGAUGGCUGUCAGCCUGCAUCGACUUGACUCCAAGCUGAUGAUCUGGAACAUGCUGAGUGUCGGGACAACAAAUGAAGAUGGCCGCUGCCCAGGACUCAUCAGUCGAGAAGCUUUCACCUCUGGAAAGUACAAACUGCGCUUUGAGACCGGCUCAUACUGGGAGGGUCUGGGUCAGACCUCCUUCUACCCCUAUGUAGAAGUUGUGUUCACCAUCAGUGACCCGGGGCAGAGGUUCCACCUCCCUCUGCUGAUGAGUCAGUUCUCCUACAGCACCUACAGAGGAAGCUGAGGGCUUUUUUUCUUCCCUCCAAUUUUUUUGUGGGAAGACUCAGGGGAAGCACAUUGAAGUGUACAACAGACAGUGUAAGGUCAGUUCCAUAUGAUACAGACAAAAUUACAGUUUUAGAAAGAAACAGCAACAUGAAAUAGAGUUCAGGGAGUAGGCUACAUCAGUUUUACCAACACGGCAGAUAUUCAAAUAAAAACACCAACAGAUACAUAAAAUAUAUGUUUUGACAGCUUCUCUGUUCACGCUGUAAGAAACCCUGCAGAUGCAGUUUUUAAUUUCAUUAACCAGAGCAGGAAAAAAGGCCUUUCUUAUACUUACGAAUAUAAAAUUUGGCCACAAGUGUGUAAACACUAGUUAGGAAGAACUUGUCUUUAUCAUUUCUGCUGUGGUCCAGGAAACCAAACAAGAUAUUUUUCCUAUUUCGGAGAGAAAGCAUGACAAGGUCCAGAAUUAAGAUAGAUCCCAAGAAAAACUUCUACAGUGGUGAGGAUUCCAAAGGCAGCUCAGAGGACGACCAGCUGCAGCUUCAACACACUACAACCAGGGAUGGAGAGAGACUGCUUUCUCCUGUGAUAAUCAUUUGUACUGAACUUUGUGGUUUAACACUUGUAUUUGUAUUUGACUAUUUUUUUUUCAUAUUUUAUACACUGAACAACCAAUCAGUUAAUAAAGAAAUUAAUUGUCAAAUGUAUCGUUAAUGAAAUAA